AUGCUCACAACAACACCUUAUGCUUAUCCAAUGAAGAGAAUAGAAGAAAAAGGGGAUAUUGUGACUAUGGUUGAUUAUACAAACUUGUAUAUAAAAAACUUGGAUACCAAUGUGACGAGUGCUGAAUUAUUUAAACUGUUUCGAGUAUUUGGUCAUAUCAUAUCAGCAAGAGUCAUGAAAGAUGCCAAUACAGCUCUAUCGAAAGGUUAUGGAUUUGUUAGUUUCAAGCGUAUGGAAGACGCGCGUGAAGCCUUGAUACAGAUGAAUGGCUGUCUCGUUCAAACAAAACAUAUAAUAGUGAAUUAUCAUGAGCAUAAAAAGACAGUUCAACAAUAUCAAAAGAUGCAAACAGAAAGGAAUCGACAUAUGAUAAAGAAUAAGAGCGAAAGCAGUUAUUCACCUGAACAAAAGUUUAUUCAACCAUGGCAUGAAACCAUUUGGAUGCAUCCCAUGUAUCCACCAAUGCAAAACAUACCUGCUGUAUCACCCAUGACGCUCCAAAUACAAAAACUGAGAGAGGCCAUUGACCAUCAGCUAUUAGAUUAUCAAAAGAAGGAUCUAAAUGAACUGGUUGAUCUCAUUCAAUCUCUCAAGAAGCGUGAACUAUCUCUUUGUUUAUUUAAUCCUGCAUUCUUGAAACAAAAGAUAGUCGAGGCUUACGAAGUGAUCCAUCUCUUUAAAUACCCUGAAAACUCAAUUGCUACCACACCUUCGCUUGAUCAUCGUCACCUGAAUGAUGAUGACAAUGAUUCUUCCCCUAAUUCAUCGGUUGCUGCUAUCCUUUCUUCUUUGGAAGGCAUGACGUUGAAUAAAAAGAAGAGAGUCUUUGGUGAUAUCUUUUUCCCCUAUGUCAAGGCCACAGGUAUCCGACAUGCACCCAAAGUAACCAUUCAUUUAUUGGAUACAGUUCCUUUAGAUGAUCUUGCGUUCAACAUGUAUGACAAAAAGACUCUCACAAAAAAGGCUCAUCAAGCCUAUAUCGAGAUUUAUGGUGAUGGAUCUAGUGCUUUCCGUGAAUUACAUUAA